CACAGGGAAACAGUUUCACACAGGUGUUUUACCUGAAAGCUGCUGGCGAUUCGCCACAAUAGAAAAGAAGAAGAAACUUCCCAGAACGCGCUGUGAAUUUUCACUUUCUCUGGGUUUAUUUCAUUUAUUAUAUCCUCACCGUACUUCUAAAAGUCAUCUUGUUGAAAACCAACUUCAGUUUUUUGAUAUGUCGAGGAAUUUUUUCCCACUUGGAAACGUCUCAUGAAUCUAAUUUCGGACGGAGACCAACCAGGAAAUGGCUUCUUCUCUUCCUGCGUCUCUGUUCCUGCUGUCUGUGGUUUUCUGCCAGUUUCUCUCUGCUGCAGGUGAGAUUCAGCUGGAAAACAUAAAGUUAUUAUACAGCGAUGGUUUCCUAGAUCAGAACAGCAUCAAAGCUGAACCUGGACAGAACGUCUUUCUGCCAUGUAAAGAUACUGAUCAGGGGGAGAUUAUAGUUGCAGAGUGGACCAGAACCGAUCUGAAGUCAGGAUUUGUCCUCCUGUACAGAGACGGGAGGAUCGAUCUAGCAAAGCAGCUUCAGUCUUACAAGGACCGGAUGGAUCUGCUGGUUAAUCAGAUACAGAAAGGAGACGCGUCCUUGGUUCUGAAGAACACAACGAUUGAUGACAGCGGAACGUAUGAAUGUCGAGUCAAACAAACGAACCAGGAGAAGAAACGGAUCAGCACCGUCAGCCUGGUUGUAGCUCCUCCUCCUCCUCCUCCUCCAGAACCGUUUCCAGUCUGGGCCACAGUUCUACUGGUUCUGGCUCUGGUUGCUGCUGCUGGUGUUUCUUUUUAUUUCCGGCACCGUCUAAGACCAGGUGAGUGUGUAGAACUCCAUUACCCAUAAUGCCUUUGGUCAGGGUCUGCUCUCCUCCAGAGCAGGACUGAAUUUUUUAUUUAUUAUUAUUGAUGAACAACCAGAAUACAACGACACAUUGUGGUACAUGGAACAGAGUAGCGUAGAUGAGGAAAAACAAUAUUUUAAUACUGUAAAAUACAAACACAGUACGGAAAAUGAUAGAAAUGGAGCAAGAUUUAAAAGAAAAGGAGAGCAGAGAUACUGGCAGUUAUUUUUAAUU